UGAUGAAAACCAGUACGUGCCGUGGCACGUACUGCUUCUCAUCAUAGCACUGGAAAUGUGUACCGGGUUUGACCGUUGAUCCAACAUCAUGCUCCCAAGUUACGUGCUCUGUGUGUCGCAAGUAUAUAUGAUAUAUUCAUUAGGAAAGAAAUGGAAUAACAAAACAAAACAACAGGAAAAUUAUCCGUCUUCCUCUGCAUCUGAAGGUCUGUAUAUGAGGAAGAAAAAAAGCAACAACAAAUCGAGGAAGGAAAUACCGAAAGCCACCACUUUGCCCUAUUUUUGGAAUUUGAUUUUCUGUCCAGUAAAAGCGCAAGAUUAUCGGAAACUUUGUGGCACCUUUAUAGUUCAACUAUUGAGUUGUGCGUGUUUGGCAUUCAUCAAAGAGAAACUAAUGAAACUUUCUUGGGGUGGCUAUCAUUAUAUUGUAUUAUCUCAUCCCGAUGUGGCUCAGGAAGCGCUAAAGAAUAACACCGUGAUCAACAAAGAUUGGAUUUAUAAUAUUCUUCAUCCGUGGCUGGGAACAGGUCUUCUCACAAGUUCGAAUGAUAAGUGGAGACAUCGUAGGAAAUUGUUAACUCCGGCAUUUCACUUUCGAAUUCUCGAAAACUUUCAAGGAAUUUUCAACGACCACUCAAACAUAUUAGUUGAAAAGUUGAAAAAUAAAAAGCGAAAUGAAGAGUUUCUUAUUGACGAGCUAAUCAGUCUGUGCACUUUGGAUAUUAUUGGAGAUUCAGCAAUGGGAGUUCGAUUCAACACUCAAGACAGAUCUCAUAGCGAUUAUGGCGUUGCCAUUAAUGAUAUAACAUCCGCAGUUAUUCAAUGGUUCACGAAGCCUUGGUAUUGGUUCAGUUUCAUCUUCAACCUUAGUCCAUUAGGGAAAAAAUUUUACAAAGACAUUGACACGAUUCACGAAUUCGACAGAAAGGUAAUUAGAGAAAAGAAACAAAAAAUGAUAGAAGAACUGAAAGACAAUCAAACAAUCGACAACUUUCAAGAAGAGAAAGAAGUUACAGGGGUAAAGAAGAGGCGAGCAUUUCUGGAUUUACUGCUUUAUCAUCAUUUAACAGAUAAAAGUCUCAACGAAGAAGAUAUCAGAGAAGAAGUUGAUACAUUCAUGUUCGCAGGGUACGACACAAGUGCGAUGGGUAUUAGUUGGUCUCUUUAUUUGCUCGGAUUGCAUCCCGAUAUACAAGAGAAAGUUUACCGGGAGCAGGAAGAAAUUUUUGGUGAAGACACGAAUAAUUCUAUUACGUCCGAAGACCUUAGAAAAAUGAAGUAUCUGGAACGCGUUGUCAAGGAGACACUCAGGAUCUAUCCUCCGGCAACUUUCAUAGCGAGAAAAAAUUCAUCUGAUUUGAAAGUGGGUGAUUAUAUCUUGCCGGCACAAUCGUCCCUUGUAAUAAACAUUUAUGGGAUUCAUCAUAAUCCAAUAGUUUUUGUUAAUCCCGAAGUGUUUGAUCCGGAUCGAUUUCUACCAGAAAACUGCGAGAAACGUCAUCCCUUUGCCUUUCUACCGUUCUCUGCCGGUCCACGCAAUUGCAUAGGUCAAAAAUUCGCUAUGAUGGAGAUGAAGACAGUUUUAGCGAAUGUUGUUCGACAUUUUCGAGUGAAGUCUUUGGACCACAGAGAUAAGAUUUUCGAAUCUGCUGACGUCAUUCUUCGUCCGAAAUUCGGUAUAAGAAUGACUGUCGAAAAACGAUAAAAGAAAAAAAUAUUUUCUUUCAGAAAAUAUAAAAUCUAUAAAAGUUACGAAACAAUUGUUCAUAGUACAAUGUUUCAUGUAUCCUAGAUUCUUCUCUAUAUUAUAAUCUGCAAUUCAAAAUUGUAGACAUGAUCAGCCUGGCCAGAAAAGGUCAAUGUUAGAUAAAAGAAAUAGAAGGCGACCUGCAAACGUUGACACAUACGUCUGAUUUCUUUCAGCUCUUUUCUUUUCUAUAUUCUUAAAACGUAUUUAUACUUCUUUCGUUAUAAACAAUUAAACUUUUUUGCAAUUUAUAUUACUGUGAUUUAUUACGUGUUAACGAUCA